AUGCCGAUCCCUGGAGCAGGAAGUGACCAUGCACCGUUUUUAAAUUAUUUAGGCAUACCUGUCGCCGAUAUCACUUACCGAAAUGGAACGGCUUUUGACAAUUACCCAUUGUACCAUUCGUUAUAUGAGACUCCUUUCACCAAUCAGCACAUCAUUGAUACUGAUUACUUGCCGGUCCAUGAAGCAGUUGGGAGAUACUGGGCAGCACUGGCAUAUGAAUUUACGGAUUCAACAGUUUUGCCAAUGAAUAUUACCGAUCUUGCGCUAAGUUUGACGCGACUCUACGUGCCACAGAUCAAGAAAGCAUUGGAACAGCUCAGAGAGUACUGGGAUAUUCUGGAGCACGCCAGAACUCAGCUCAGCCAUUUUAUCAAGGCCUCAUCGGUAUAA